AUGUCACAACUUCAGAAGAUACAGUCACGGGCGGGGUUUGUAGCCAAGACACGACUGGCCUCGAAAUACAAGGACCACCCAAUUGGAACCAAGUGUUUUGUUAAUCUGCUACGGUCUGCUCAAAUUCCUUCGCCGACAACCACUAUAGACGAAGAUACCGUGGGUGAUGUGUUGAUGAAAAUAGCCAAUGAGCAAUGGGAGACGCCUGUGGUUUGUCUCCCUGUCACUAGCAUUGAUACAGACAAGAAGGGACAACUGUCAUUGGUGUUUAACUGCUGUAUGAGCGAAGUUCUGUUCCAAUGGUGUUUGUCCAAUCAGACAAUAAUGAUCACCGUAGCUACAUGGGCUCUGCAAGUGCUAGAGUAUGGAUUACAGGUGCGAUUUGAUGAUGUUCCGCCAAGUUUCCCCAAAAUGAAAUGCAAGGGAGAACUGAUCACGGAGGCCGAGGUGGAUUUGAGUCCCACGGAUGAACCGAUGGAGUCGAUAGAACAGGAAAUAGAACAGGACCAAUCCGGGGAGUUGAUUGAAUUGCGAUUACCCAACUCGGGUAUGAGGAAUUUGCUGAUAGAGGAGGUCGACGAUCGUGAUUCUCGGCCAAAGGUGGAGCUGGUUGGGGCAGAGACGGGUAGCAAGCCCAGUCGCCCCAAUGCGGAGCCAGAGCUGGAAAUAUCCUUCCAAUUCGUUGAAUUGGACGAGUCGAUGACACGGGAAGGAUUUAAAAGAAGGUAUGCAGUGGAAUAUAGCAGGCCUAUUGAUCUGGAGCUGGUACACGACUCUAAAAUGGCAGAGGUGCAGGUGGUGAACUCGAAGACAGGCAAAUCGGUGUUGAAAAUACCUGUUUCGGAAACUGUAUCCGAGCUACGAAGCUUUCAAGUGGAUAAGGAGCGAAGGUUGUACAUAUUUUUGAAAUAA